CCAGCCCCCUCACUGCCAGCCCCCACACUGCCAGCCCCCACCCAGCCAGCCCCCACACAGCCAGCCCCCACACAGCCAGCCCCCACACUGCCAGCCCCCACACUGCCAGCCCCCACACAGCCAGCCCCCACCCAGCCAGCCCCCACACUGCCAGCCCCCACACAGCCAGCCCCCACACAGCCAGCCCCCACACAGCCAGCCCCCACACAGCCCCCACACAGCCAGCCCCCACACAGCCAGCCCCCACACAGCCAGCCCCCACACAGCCAGCCCCCACACAGCCAGCCCCCACACAGCCAGCCCCCACACAGCCAGGCCCCACACAGCCAGCCCCCACACAGCCAGGCCCCACACAGCCAGCCCCCACACAGCCAGCCCCCACACAGCCAGGCCCCACACAGCCAGCCCCCACACAGCCAGCCCCCACACAGCCAGCCCCCACACAGCCAGCCCCCACACAGCCAGCCCCCACACAGCCAGCCCCCACACAGCCAGGCCCCACACAGCCAGCCCCCACACAGCCAGCCCCCACACAGCCAGCCCCCACACAGCCAGCCCCCACACAGCCAGCCCCCACACAGCCAGCCCCCACACAGCCAGCCCCCACACUGCCAGCCCCCACACAGCCAGCCCACACACAGCCAGCCCACACACAGCCAGCUCCCACCCAGUCAGCCCCCACACAGCCAACGUUAUUUUAAAAGCAACGCAAGGACGCGGACACCUGGCGCUAAAUGGUACAGUGGGAGAACAGGAAUAUCUGGCACUUAAUGGCACAGUGGGAGAACAGGAAUAUCUGGCACUUAAUGGCACAGUGGGAGAACAGGAAUAUCUGGCACUUAAUGGCACAGUAGGAAAACAGGAAUAUCUGGCACUUAAUGGCACAGUAGGAAAACAGGAAUAUCUGGCACUUAAUGGCACAGUGGGAGAACAGGAAUAUCUGGCACUUAAUGGCACAGUGGGAGAACAGGAAUAUCUGGCACUAAACAGCAACAAAACUUAA